CCUGUUGAUCAUUAAUUGUGACCACAAUUGAUGAAAACCUUAACCUAAUUAAAAACAUAAUAAACUUUUCCAAUGAAAAAAAGAUUGACCUAAUAUAAUAAGAUUAAUAUUGUUAUCGAAACUUUAAUUGUCAUAAAUUCAUUGGUAACCAAUUCAUUAAUCAUUAUUAGUCAUCUAAUUGUGAUGACCAUGAUGAUGACCACCGAUAAAUGGUCAGAAUUAACAGAAAGUGAUCCGAUAAAGUUGAACAAUGAAUCGUUUCAAUCAAGUUGAUUUAGAUAAUAAUUUAAUGAAACAAUCAGUUAAAACUUUAAAUUGUUACUGCCAAUGUAAUCCUAAAGAUAUUGUUUCCAAUGUUAAUCCAGUUUGUAAAUUACACGGGAAAACAAUUAAAGUUGACGGUAAAUUGUUAAAAUUGACCUUAAUCAACAGAUCGGUUCGUUCGUGGUUAGAUUAUUAUACCGAAAGACAAUCAGCUCGAAAGGAUAGUCAACUGUUUACAUUGGAAAGGCCAAAUUUGGACUAUAAGGUCAACCGAUCGGCAUCUUGGUCGACCUUGGGAGCAAUUCGUCCGAUCUUGUUGUCGAUGACGUUGGUUGGUCUUGAUUUUAUUCCCAACGAUAAUUCAGUUGAUCCAUUGGUUAAUUGUUCGUUUCUCUUUCUCUCUCGGCGAAAGUCACUCUAUUGGAAUUAUUUUAUUCUAAUUAUGGUUGUGCUCGCGUUCUUACACAAUGUCGGCUGUCAGUGUUUCCUCCUCUCCCAUGGAGCCCCGAACGACGCUUUGUACAGUUUCUUUUCGUGUACCAAACUUUUCUGCUCUCUUUUGGUGUUGAUCUUAUUCUUUUGCCGAAAAAAGUCAAUCUCUCAGCUAUUGAUCGAUGUUGACAAUUAUUUCCAAAUUGUUCCCCAUUCAACAAGCUUAAGGCCGAAUUUGGUUUCCUCACUUCGACGAAAGGUUCUAAUCGAUGUUACUCUUGGAUGGAGUUUAAUGAUUCUCUUCAUUUAUACCAAUUUCGCUUCCAAUAUAAGUGAAGAUGACAUGAGAAAAUAUCUCCACGAUUAUUGGUUUGGACUUCGAGUUGAAACCAUUGGGACAACUUGUACUCUUUUGAUCACCCUGGUUGAAACUUCGGUCUAUUUUCUGGCCACUGUCGCACCGAUGCAAUUUUUUGCCAUCUACUACAUUUUAUUGUGUCAUUUUAUGAAAAUACUAUUUCAUAUGUUCAAUGAAUGGGCUGCUCUUCAUGCGAGAAAGAUUAAAUCAUCAUCUCUCUCAACUGAACCAAUUGAUAAUCUCAAUGAAGAUGAUGAAUUACAAGAUCAUCUUGGAUUAGGUAGACAAAGAUUAAGGUCAAGUCAAGUUAGACAAUUUCGCUUGAUCCAUAAUAGACUGACCAAGAUGGUCUAUCGGAUGGACCAUCAAUUGUCACUUUUAACUUUACUUGUCUACAUAAUCAUAAUGUCCGAUUUGUCCAAGUAUGUUUAUUAUUUGAUUGAACGAUUAACUAAGAAAUGGGAAGACACUUUUGAAGUGCUUUUUGUUGGACUUCGAGUGUCUCAUAUGUUAUGGCUCUUCUUUAAUAUCUCCUUUUCAGCGGCUUUAAUGUCCGAAGAGUCACUUGCUUCGGCCUCCGAUUUCCAUGAAAUAUCCUCAUAUUCACAUUACACUUUCUCUAAAAUUGAUCAAUCUCAUCAGGUACUUGGAAUUCUGAUCAAAUUGUCUGGAACACCUUCACAAUUAACCGGUUGGAAUCUAUUCAUCAUCGAUCGAGGCUUCGUCCUAACGGUUCUUGGUGUUGUUCUUACUUAUUCCCUUGUCCUUUUCCAAAUGACCCCUUGGGCUCAACAACCUGGUGAAACAUAAGAAUAGAAAAAACAACAAUUAAAACAACAAUCAAAUUCUUGCAAUUAGUAAGUAGAGUUUCUGACAAAUUGUCGUCGAUUCAAUGAUUUACUGAUCACUUCGAACUUGAUUGAACUGAUCAUUCAGAGAAAUAUUCAAAUUCUAAGAAUUAUUAUUUCCAAUUUAUUGUCGAAUUAAAAAAACAAUUAAGAAAUUAAUUUGUCUCGUUUUCAUUUCGCAACCAAAUUGUUUCCAAUUGAAUCUAAAACCGAACGAUUUAAUUUUUGAUUCGAUGGUUUAAUUGAUUAUAACUGGUUAAUUGUGUUCAAUACAAUUACAUUGGUUGUAAUCAUGUGAAAAUUAAACUAAUCAUUGUCAAUGGGAAGUGUAGCAAUUUAGUUUCCAUAUUGAUUAAUGAGCAAUUUAGGACAAUUUAAUGAGCGACAAUUAAAUCAGCUACAGUUCAAUGUAAUUGAAAAUGUUUGAUUUCAAGAUAAUUUUGAGAUGAUUAGUUGAUUGUUUCCGUUAUUUUUAACUAAUAGUAAAGUGAUAUUAUCAUUAACCCAACAAGUAUCUUCCUUUAAUUGAUAAUAAUAAUAAAUUAGUCAAGUGAUGAUGAUUAAAAUGAGUCUCAUUGAUUGUUAAUUGUAACUUUGAAGAGUCAGUUUGAAACAACAACAACAACCAAUUAAUUAAUAAAUUGCUAAAAACAACAACAUCCAACCAUUCAAGUAUCACAAUCAAUCAACCAAA